GGCGGGAGGGGUUCGACAGGAACAGGGGGAGGAUGGGCGCUCCCGGGUGGUUCCGCAGCGGGCAUGCCGAGCCUUGCCGUGGUCGUUCCGGCCUUCCAACAGGCGGCCGGCGCCGGCACCACCAGCCGGGGUGGGGAGGGGGGAGAGCCGGGCGCUCGUGUUUCCGCGGCGGGCAUGCCGAGCCUUGCCGUAGGCGUUCCUGCCUUCCACCAGGCGGGUGGCGCCGGCACCAUCAGUGGAGGAGGGGACGGCGGAGGAGCAGGCCUUGGUCUUUCGGCGGCGAGCAUGCUAAGCCCUGGCGUGGAUGUGUCGGCCCGCCGGCCUGGCGGCACCGGCACUGCCGUGGGUGUCGACCCCGCACCCACGAACGGGACACCCCAGGUGGGGGGCUUGGGCGCACCGCUUCGCUCCCUGAGCAACGCACCUCGAGGCGGGAUAGGGCAAGCUUCGCUAGGUCUCGCGCCCUCGGCUUUUGACGCGACGAACUCCUGGGCGCCGGAGAGUUUCCAGCAAUCAAGAUUGAAUGGCGAAAGACUCCGGGCCGGCGAGAACCACGGGCAGCCUCCGCCUUCGACGGACCAAGAUGUAGCAUUUUUGGACCAGGUGCAAUCGCCCCCGAAAAAGAGGCAGGCAGGA